AUGAGGACGCCUCCAGUGUCACUCCACGGUAGUAGGUGACAACAUUAGCAGACUUGAACUGCGAGUGAAUGUUCCUCUGAGGUGAUUUGGAGUGGUGGCUAACUCACCCUGGAUGUUUACAAUGGCCUUUAUAGUAUUACGCUCCAUACAUUUGACCCAUUUGUGGCCAAGAGGACGCAUAUCUUUUAAUGUAAAUAGUGCUUUCAAGCACAGAAUCUCUGUAAACUCCAGGUCAUCUGUGUCUCAAUGCAGAUUAGAAACGGGAGGUGAUAAGACAGUCACAAAGUGUGCUCCACUGACCGUCUCAUGCCAGCCAGUUUUCAAGACAUUAGUGCCUUUCACUUCUGUCAACUUGUUGUGUUUUCGUUCUAUUUCCACAAAUUGCCAAUUAUGGAGGGAGAGCCAGAACAGCCAGUCUUCCAUUAGUAAGACAAAAGUUUCGACGUCCGUCCUGGAGGGCCAGACGCUUGCUAUGGGCAUGUGGUCACUAGGCCUUGGCGCUGUUGGUGCUGCCAUCGCCGGCAUAAUACUGGCCAACACUGACUACCUGCUGAGCAAAACAGCACCUGCUACACUGGAGUACCUGGAGAAUACUGACCUCAAAACCAUAGAUGAUGAUGCAAAGAUUUUUAAAGCUAGGAGUCUGUGGGAGAAAUCGGGCGCAGUGAUCAUGGCUGUGCGGCGACCUGGAUGAUUUUUGUGCAGAGAGGAAGCCUCUGAGCUGUCCUCUCUGAAGCCUCAGCUGGAUGAGCUCGGGGUCCCUCUCUAUGCUGUUGUUAAGGAGAAAAUAGGUUCAGAGAUUCAGGACUUCAAGCCGAAUUUUGCUGGGGAGAUUUUCCUGGAUGAAACGCAAGCUUUCUAUGGACCACAGCAGAGGAAGAUGGGUGGGCUUGCUUUCAUCCGCUUAGGGGUUUGGCAAAACUUUUUAAGGGCCUGGAAGUCAGGUUAUCAGGGCAACAUAAAUGGAGAAGGCUUUGUCUUGGGAGGAGUGUUUGUCAUCGGGUCUGGCAAACAGGGGGUUCUUCUAGAACAUAGAGAAAAGGAGUUUGGAGAUCGAGUCAGCAAUGAGUCUGUUUUGGAAGCUGUUAAGAAAAUUGUAGGCGAAAAGUAGAUUGUCUUAUCGGUCAAAUUGGAGCAGAACCAAGGAGAGUCCGCCCAUAUUCUUGAAUCACAACUUAUGUACAUGAACCUCAUCACACCUCAUUUCUCCUCCUGAUGCUGUGAAUAGAAAAACGCUCAGUUGAUAUAGGAUUCAUGGCACUGAUUGUAACACGAGAACUAAUUGACAACACCUCAAAUCAUGUCAGAAGACAUGUGGCCUUGUUUACAGGAAGUUAAGGAUGCACAGUCAAGGAUAUUAUUAUGAAAUUGAACAUUGAACAUGAGUAAUAUUGUUGCACUUUAGAAGUAGUUAAUCAGGAAUCAUUGCAUGGUUGUUUUGCACCUCACUGGAUUUCUUAAGCUGCCUGCUGCUGUACUGGUGGUUUAAUGGUGGUAUGUGUAUUAAUGAUAGUCUGACUCGCAACUCUAAUAAGAGAGAGCAGAUUUGAGGCCAGCACAUACUUUCAAACCUGCUGGUAUUUUUUCAGUGAGCGGUCAAAGGUUUCAAGACGUGGAGCUUACAAUAAGCAAUAAACAUGCUACUACAUUGGAAAAUUUGUCUUCAUU